AUGGCCACCGAGUUGACCGUCCAGUCUGAGCGCGCUUUCCAGAAGCAGCCUCACAUCUUCCUCAACUCCAAGAGCAAGGCUUCUUCCAAGAAGGUUGGCCAGACCCGCCGCUGGUACAAGGAGGUCGGUCUUGGUUUCCGUACCCCCCAGAACGCCAUCGAUGGCAACUACAUCGACAAGAAGUGCCCAUUCACUGGUCUCGUCUCCAUCCGUGGCCGUAUCCUGACUGGCCGUGUCGUCUCCACCAAGAUGCACCGUACCAUCGUCAUUCGCCGCGAGUACCUCCACUUCGUGACUAAGUACAACCGUUACGAGAAGCGCCACAAGAACCUCGCUGCCCACGUCUCCCCCGCUUUCCGUGUCGAGGAGGGUGACUGGGUUACCGUUGGCCAGUGCCGUCCCCUUUCCAAGACUGUCCGCUUCAACACCCUCCGUGUUCUGCCCCGCACCGGCAAGGCUGUCAAGUCUUUCAGCAAGUUCUAA